AUGAAGACAGUUGCUGUAUUGUCGAUGUUGAGCGCCAGUGUGCUUGCUCAUCCUUCUGGGCUUUGGUGGGGUACAGACACCUGCUACCCAAGCCCCGAGAAUACCGACAACUCGUGCCUGGAGCCCCAGAGAGAUGGGUUUAAAUGGUCCGAUCUUGCUGAUGGGGAUAAUUGGAGCUACGAAGGCUUCAACUUCGUCGGAUUUUCGCCAAGGGACGUUUGUAAUGCUUCCAAUGGCAAGUGUAUCGAGGCAAAGCUUUCUCGGGACGACGGCUAUGCUGUCAGGAUCGAGGCAACCGAAGCCCCGUUCUCUGUUGAAAAGUUUCACCUUUCUACAUCCCGUGAGACUCUGCUCAGGUUGAACUACGAAAUGGCAGAUGGCUCCACCUGCCACGAGCUCGCGUCUAGUUCACCAGACGGGGUCGAUGUUGUCAACCAGCAGUGUGGUGGCGCUGUUGCUGUCGAGUUCACACUUCCUGAAGACAGCAAGUUUGGUGAAUGUGAUUUGAACAUCCACGAGAUUAGCUUUGAUUGCUCGGACGGCUCGAAGCCUCCCGGGGAUCUUCCCCCACCUAGCUCGAAGCCCCAUCCACCUCAUGUUUCUACCAAGACGGUUAUCCUGUCAGCUCCUGUCACUUUCACCUCCACCAUCACCAAGUCAGUGGUCACACAUGAAGUUUCGACUGUGUGGACAACUGCGGAAGUCACUGAGACUCACUGCCCUGCUACGGCCACUUACUGUCCUGGACAUUCUACUGUUACUUCCACUUACACCAGGUCGACAACAUUCUAUCCCACUUCAUGGGAGAUUGCGACACCCAGCUUAGUUUCAAGCUCUAUCAGCACGGCCACUGCUACUCCAGAUUCGUCUGUCGUUCCUGCACCCUGCCCUGAGGUUGUUCCUAAGUGCAUCAAUACCUGGCUCUCCAUCCCAAAGUGCGACUCUAACAGUGAUGCCGCUUGCUUCUGCCCAUCAUCUGAAUUCACCGGAAAUGUGGACAGCUGCAUUCACGCUUGGGCGAAGUCGGACCAGGAGCGGGACUCCGCCCUUUCGUAUUUUGCAGGAAUCUGCGCCCCUUACGUGCCGCAGAACCCUGGCCUGAUUGAUAUCGUCCCUACCAGCACUUCUUCAGCCAGCCAGACUUCUCAAGUGAUGACCUCGAUGCAGUCAAUUACUCCGGCAGUAACUGACUCUCAUACCACUCCCUGUACAACGGUCACUUGGUCCACUCAAACGGUCACUGUUCCUCGAGUUGAAUUUACAACAAUCCCCAUGGGAUCCACCACAUCGGUGUGCUUGGUCGCUGCGACUGUCACGCCGACUGGCUAUAGCUCUUCUGCCAAAACCAGCUGCUCAUCGUUCAAAACUAUUACGACUGUCAUUCCUUGCGCAUGCGAAACCUCUGACGUUACUACAACGGCAGUUUCGUCUCCCACCGAGACACCUCCCAUUCCAACGCUGGUUCCAAGUCAUUUACCAACAACGCCCUUGCUGUCGGAGCUGCUCUGCUGA